CCCUCCAUCCAAGAAUGGAGAACUCGGAGAAUGAAAUGAAAUAGCCAAAAAUAAAAAUAGUAAUAUAAUACAGCAACAACAGAGAGAGAUAGAAGUGGUUUUUUGGAACUCGACAACAUGAUAGGUUGGGGGAAACAGUUGAAGGCAGCGUUUGGGGCUUCGUUUCUUUGGCUCGUUUGCUUGAUUUAUUUCACCCAGGGAUUCAGAUCCUUUGUAUGGACAGCAGUUUCCUACCAGCUGAAAGAUAGGCUUAAGUUAUCGCCCUCGGCAUCCCAGUUUGUGUCUUCGAUAGCAUUUUUUCCGUGGAGCAUCAAACCAUUAUAUGGGAUUCUGUCUGACUGUAUCCCUAUAAAAGGGAGAAGAAGGAUUCCAUACUUGGUGAUAGCAACUGUGCUAUCUCUCGUGCCAUGGAUUUUUUUAGGCAUAAAUGCAACCCUGAGGAAUUCCAAAUGGCACCUCAUGAUCUUCUUAAUGGUGCAGAAUCUGGGCUCAGCCAUGGCGGAUGUCAUAGUUGAUGCAAUGAUCGCUGAGGCAGUAAGGCUUGAGCGGACUUCAUUUGCUGGAGACCUCCAGUCAAUAUCUUGGUUGGCAAUGGCUUUGGGAGGAAUAUGUGGAAGUCUGCUAGGAGGACUUGCAUUAACCAACUUGCAGAUAGAUACAGUUUUUCUUCUUUUUUCUAUACUUCCAGCCAUACAGUUACUAUCUUGCGGUUUCGUAAAGGAGAAUUCUGUAGGCAGCAAAGUGUCGCCUGAAUUUACCAAUCCAAGAAAGUCCCACACGGUCAAUGGAAACAGUAGUAUACUAGAUGAUAAUUUAGUGGCAAAGAAGUCCAAUAUCAGAACUUCAAGAAGAAAGAAGAGCACAACGAAAAACAAAAGGGGAGCAAUCGUUCCUCAUAAAUCCCAGAUUCCUGAAAAAGCUGACUUCUUGGCAGUACAGUGGUUCCACUCCAUGAAAGCAGCCACUUACAGUUUGUGUCAUGCCUUUAAGCAGCCAAUCAUUUUGAGACCAAUGACUUGGUUUUUCUUAGCACAUGUUACCGUUCCAAAUCUCUCGACAGUGAUGUUCUAUUACCAGACAGAGUUCUUGAACUUGGAAGCAUCUUUCUUGGGGACAGCACGAGUUGUUGGAUGGCUAGGCCUCAUGCUUGGAACCUUAAUUUAUAACAAAUACUUGAAGAAAAUGAAGUUACGAAGAAUCCUUGCGUUGGCUCAAAUUAGUUUGUCUUUCUUGAGUCUCCUAGAUAUCGUGUUAGUAUCUCGAGUGAAUGUUGCCUUCGGAAUAUCAGAUAGGAUUAUGGUGCUUUGUGGAUCAGCUCUUGCUGAUGCAGUCAAUCAACUCAAGUUUAUGCCAUUCCUUAUCUUAUCUGGACAGCUUUGCCCUCCUGGAAUUGAAGGGACUUUAUUUGCCCUUUUCAUGUCGAUAAACAACUUAGGAUCGACCCUGGGAUCAUUUGUGAGUGCUGGAUUGGCUUUGAUUUUGAAUCUCUCUUCGGGUUCUUUUGACAACCUUAUUUUAGGCAUUGCCGUUCAAGUUCUCUGCACUUUCAUUCCAAUCGCAUUCCUGUUUUUGGUACCAAAGGAAGCUACAGGAAUAUCAACAUAGAUAGUGAUAGAUUCUUCAGCACAAAAGAAAACUUCCAUCCACUGAAUUUCACUGGAUUUUUUUUCAUCCGCUGCAGUGAUGGAAUAGUGGUUUAGAUUUUACAGAUUUUCACACCAAAAAAAUUUGAGUUUCAGUAGCUUCUUUUGAAUUGCGGUUUUCCAGUUAGAGCAUGGCUGCUGUAAUACCGAUAUGUAUAACUCUGUACAACAGUUUUGGGGUAGAAAGAAUUACAAAAUACAGAA